AUCUGUGCUCUGGCAUGGAGAACACUGACACGAUACGGCACCGCUAUGCGCGUUUUGCCCGCACUGUAGCGUGGCGCUUUCCAUCGUUCGUGGCUUCCACAAGAAGAACAGCCUUCGCAAAUGCAACAGACAGCCCUCCAGAUGCAGCAGGCGCCACCAGCAGCGGGACAGAGUCACAGCACGACGUGACAGCAGACGACCCUGACAGCCAGCCCCCUCAUUCAUCGGAUGCGUCUGCGGCGGCAUCCUCACCGACCGAGGAGCAGGAGAAGCUGUUGAAGGCAGUAAUGGGCAAGGAUGCGUUCUUUGUUGACCCCAGGGCGAUGCAGCUGAUGAGGGAGGAGCUCAAGGACAAGGUGCCCAUCAUGAUCGCCCUGGUUGCGCAACUGAUUGCGGUUAUUGGGGUGUUCGCUUGGAGAGUGUGGAAGAACGUGUAGCGAAGGGACGGGGAGGAUGCAGCGGCAACACAAGGAGGCAAAGAAGAGGGACACAAGGCAAAGAUAAGAUAGGAUAGAGGGGAAAUGGAAAACGAAGGACCGUCACAGGGAGAGCGUCGUAGGACCGAUUUGGCACGUUGAUUGGAUGAGUCGAUGUAGUGCAUGAUGGUAUGUAUCGGCACACACAACAAGAGGUGGCGGACACUGAAUUUAAC